AUGUCUUUUGCCGGUGCCCCCUCGUCCCCUCUCUCCCCCACCGACUUUUACUCCCAAGCACUCCAAGAGGCCGACGCCGGCAAGCGUCGCCGUCUGUUUGCCGAUGCCCGUGCCUCGAACCCAGCCUCGUACCAGCUCUGGGUCAAGGCCGCCGAGGUGGAGGAGCACUGGGGAGCCGAUCAGGAUAAGCUCAAGGAUCUUUUGAGCCGUGGCGUCGUCCAGUUCAAGAACCCUGCCGGCUCUGCAGGCACCGGAUUCGGAAGCGCGAGCCUGUUGCCCGUUAACAAGGAUACCUGGUUGCACGAGGCCUCAGCUGCCGAGACCGCUGGCAAGUCCAAGACCGCUGCUGCUCUUCAUCAGGCUAUCGGCGAGUCUUUGUAA